UGAUCGCCAAGACCCAAAAGUUGUUGUCCAGCUGUUCUUUCGGGCCAUGCUCGGAAGGGCAAGAUCCAUUGAGGGCCACCUUUACAGUUCACAGGCUGUCCGACCUCGACCUCCGACAAGGUGCCCAACUCCCACGCUUCUUACUCUAGUCUUCUUAGUGUGCACUUUGUCGCACCUUCGCAGCGCGUUCUAGAACUCGCCAUGUUCGACGUCAAUUGGAGGGGGCUGCUGCUCCCCCUGGCUUACCUGGCGGUGCUGGUCGGCACCUUCAUGACAUUCUCUACUGUUUACCGGAAGAGGAAAGCCAUGCAAAGCGCAAACCUCGCGCCAUGGUUCGGCCCACAUCUUCAGCGCAACAUCUACCUGUCGCUAUUACACAUGGAGCCCGAAGAGGGAUCCGAGAAGGCGCCCAAAGUUCCAGACAGCGUCAUCAGGGCCGCCCUCUUGAGACGCGCCGUCGAGGAUAUCCACCGCAUCAUCCAGAUCCGUACUGCCAAGGCGGCCUGCAGCUCCCUGCUGCAGCGGGGGAGCGUGGGGGAUGAUCUGUGGCAGCGAUUCCAGCGCGCUGAGAAGGAGAUGGAGGAAGAGCUUCGGGAUGUCGUUAUGGAGGCAAAUGCCCUCGUGCCGGGCUGGGGCCAGAUCAUCUUCCAAUCCGCCAACGAGAUCGCGGCCAACAAGGCGCUACGGGACCGGCUGGAAGAGAUCGAGGCACAGACGGAGCGCGACAAGGAAUGGUGGGAGAAGCGGCGGGCCAGCAUCAAGAGGGAGUUCAUGAAAGAGCUAGACGAGGAAUCAUCGGAGAAGGCACAGGUCAAGGCCGGCAGCGAAGACGAGCCCGUCUUAGUGGAUACAGAUACCCCGUCAGCCACUCCGUCAGGAGCUUCCAAGAAGAAGAAGGGCAAGAAAUAGGGUUCCGCGGGGCGCCGCAAGAAAGGGCGAGUCGACUGUGCUCGGAUUUAGUGCUGUAUAAGUAUAAAAGGGGGUAUGUACAUGGUUGCCCAGGGCUGU